AUGCAGGAUCAAGAAGCACAACGACUUGGUGCUAAAAGACAACGUUUUCUUUUUAAUCAAGGUUAUUCAUACAAAGCCAUAAGAGGAUUACCGAACGAAGACGAUAAUCCAUUAUUUUCAACCAAAGAAGGUGAUCAAAAAUUACUUCGAACAAUUCUACCACAUAGAGAUUCAAAUGAACAUAAACAAGAAAAAUUUACAAAGAAAAUUGUACCAUCGACGGGAUCGCUUCAGCGACCUGUUAAUCCAUCGAACAAACUUAAACAUGAACUGUUUAAAACAUAUCGAAAAUAG